AUGCACUUUGUUAAGGAUUGCCCAUUCACAAGCCAUCUCUGUAAGCAGUGUAACAAGACCGGACACAAGGAAGGCUAUUGUGGAUGUUUCAACAAGCAAAUGAAGCCAGAAUCCGCACCCGGAUCAACAAGGUUCAACAGGCAAAAGAAGAGAAAAGGAAAGCAUCAAUCUCUUUCCAACUACAUCUUUUCAAUCAACGCAGUAGGAGCACCUAGCCGGAAAUACGUCACUGUGCUCAUCAACGACAAACCGGCGAAUCUACAGCUGGAUUGUGGAUCAGACAUCACUAUCGUCUCGGUUCAAACGUGGAAGAAGCUCGGCUCACCAUCAAUCAACAACACCUUCCAUCGCACGAACACUGCUUCGGGUGCUGCACUACCGUUGAAAAAAGAAUUUCAAUGCAGCAUGGUUAUCAACGGUGAAUCCAAAAAUGGUACUUGUCAUGUCACUACAGUAAAGGACUUGAACCUACUCGGACUAGACUUCAUCGAAGCAUUCAAUCUGUGGAACAAGCCACUCGCCUCCGUUUGUAAUCGAGUUAAUCAAUCUAAUUUCAAUCUCGAUUGUGGGAACCGAUACCUAAGGUGGUACCCCGAAGUUUUCAAAGACACACUGGGGCACUGUACUAAAACAAAGAUCAAGUUGCUUUUGAAAACAGAUGCAAAACCGGUUUUCCGUCCCAAGCGACCAGUACCGUUCCACAUUGUUCAGAAGGUUGACGAGGAGUUAAACCGUCUACAGCAACUCGAUAUAAUCACUUCAGUGGAUUUUUCCGAGUGGGCAGCACCGAUCGUCGUAGUAAAGAAGCCAGGUGGAAAGGUGCGAAUUUGCGCUGACUAUUCGACCGGACUCAACGCUAUUCUGGAACCCCACCACUAUCCUCUUCCGACACCCGACAACAUCUUCAGCAAACUUGCAGGCAGCAAGAUUUUCAGUGUUAUCGAUCUAUCUGACGCUUAUUUGCAAGUUGAAGUUGACGAUGAUUCCAAAAAGCUCCUGACUAUCAACACGCAUCGAGGGCUGUUCCAAUUCAAUCGGUUUGCUCCAGGAGUAAAAUCAGCACCCGGUGCAUUUCAACAACUGAUUAGCAGUGUAAUCGCUGGUAUUGGAGGAGUAGAGUCUUUCCUGGACGACUUAAUUAUCCACACAGUAACAGAAACGGACCACGAUUGAACACUGAACGCUCUAUUCAGCCGUCUUCAAGAAUUUGGGUUCAAUCUACGGUUGGAAAAAUGCAAUUUUGGUCAAUCCAGCAUAAAGUUCAUUGGUCAUAUUGUAAGUUCCAACGGUAUUCAGCCAGAUCCAGCAAAAAUCAGCGCUAUCACGCAGAUGCCACGACCUACUGAUGUCAGCCAAGUCCGAUCGUUCUUAGGAGCCGUUAACUUUUACGGUAAAUUCGUUAGAAAAAUGCACCAAUUGCGACGACCGUUAGACAAUUUGCUGAAGAAAGACUACCAAUUCGUUUGGA